GAAUGUUAUUAAUCCUUCGAGUUUUGUAGAUCUCUUGAGCGGUCGAUCAGGAUAAAAAACAACUGCCUAGUGGCGAUGCUCACACUAGGAUUUACAAGUUGAGACACAGGAACAACCUUUUCUGAAGAGCCGCCUUUCAGAAAAGGUAAGACACAGGAACGCGAGGUAGAGGGCAACACCAGGAGGAAAGUCAGUAGUCAGUUCAAAGACAGAUGUUAUGAUCCACGUUCUCUGUGGUUUAUAGAAACAACAUUACAGAAUCCUCCUCCGAGUGAGAGACGAGAGAGGAAGUAGAAUACUUUCGCCCGAAAGGUUGGAUGCGGCCACUGAACUAAGUCGUGCAGCAGCCGUGCAGACAUUCUCUUGCGCUUCGAGAUGCAGUCGGUGACAAUGGGCAUUCAGGUUGUCCCUCUUAUGCUUCAGUUUCGAUCUCACUGAUUUCAAUUUCCAAGCUUGCGAGUGAUUUUUAUUUUUCGGAUGCUGCUUACAUUUUGAAGUUACUUCUCUCAAUCCAUUGCCAUGGAAUCUCAUGGAAGCCAACAGCCUAUUAAUCAAUCACAACCUAAUCACACCUAUCCUCUGACUGUAGCAAAGAAAACACUUGUAUUCUACCUAUCAUCCGUUGUGGUUCUUUUACUAGCAAUCAUACUUGGUUUCUCCAAAACAAGCUUUUACAAAACACAACAGCUGAAAUACUCUUUCUCAUCACACCCCACUUAUCUUCAAACCCUUGUAGGCUUCCUUCAACCAACCCCCGAACCCCAAAUAACCAAUGCAAUUAAUCCCAUUUCCCUUUCAUCUAGCUGUGUGCUAUGGAUGGCUCCUUUUCUUUCAGGUGGUGGGUACAGUUCUGAAAGUUGGUCAUAUAUCUUGGCCCUCCAUGAACACAAGAAAAACCCAAUAUUUAAAGUAGCUAUUGAGCAUCAUGGUGAUGAAGAAUCCAUUGAAUUCUGGGAGGGGUUGCCAAAAUAUACCAAGAACUUGGCCCUGGAGCUCCAUCAAACAGAAUGUAGGAUGAAUGAGACCAUUGUGAUUUGUCACAGUGAGCCUGGGGCUUGGUACCCUCCAUUGUUUGAAACCUUCCCAUGCCCACCAGGUGCUUAUCAAAAUUUCAAGUCUGUGAUUGGCCGGACCAUGUUUGAGACUGAUAGGGUGAAUGCAGACCACGUGAAGCGCUGUAAUCAAAUGGACUAUGUUUGGGUUCCCACUGAAUUUCAUGUGUCUACAUUUAUUGACAGCGGGGUUGAGCCUUCUAAGGUGGUGAAAAUCAUUCAGCCUAUUGAUGUGAAAUUCUUUGAUCCCCUCAAGUAUAAGCCAUUAGACCUUUCCUCCCUAGGGACAUUGGUCUUAGGUUCAACAACCCAGAAUUUGAAAUUGAAAAAGGAGUUCAUAUUUUUGAGUAUUUUCAAGUGGGAGUACAGGAAAGGUUGGGAUGUAUUGUUGAAAUCAUACUUGAAGGAAUUCUCUAGGGUUGAUGGGGUUGCUUUGUACUUACUAACGAAUCCAUACCAUUCUGAUAGAGAUUUUGGGAACAAGAUCGUAGAGUUUGUGGAGGACACCGAUAUAGAAAAACCAGUAGCAGGUUGGGCUCCAGUUUAUGUGAUAGAUACCCACAUUGCUCAAAUUGAUUUGCCGCGACUAUACAAGGCAGCUGACGCAUUUGUCCUUCCAUCAAGAGGGGAAGGGUGGGGGAGGCCUCUUGUGGAAGCCAUGGCAAUGUCAUUGCCCGUAAUUGCGACUAAUUGGUCUGGGCCAACAGAGUAUUUGUCAGAGGAGAAUAGCUAUCCAUUAUCAGUGGAUAGAAUGAGUCAGGUUAUGGAAGGACCAUUCAAAGGGCAUCUGUGGGCGGAACCUUCUGUUGAUAGGCUUCAAGUUCUUAUGAGACAUGUGAUGAAUAAUGUUGAGGAUGCUAAGGACAAAGGCAGGCAGGCAAGGAUGGACAUGAUAAGAAGGUUCUCUCCUGAAAUAGUGGCAGAGAUUGUUACUGAUCAUAUAGAAAAUAUAAUUAAGAAGAUGAGUUAAAAACCCUGAGGGGUAGCUCAAUUGGUCAGGUUUUAGGUUUGCUCCCCAAUGGUCACUAGUUCGAGUCCCCUCAGGGCCACUGGAGGUUUACCCGGCCGUUAACUUCAGGAUCCCGUGGGAUUAGUCGAGGUGCGCGUAAAUUGGCCCGGACACCCAAGGAUAUCAAAAAAAAAAAGAAGAUGAGUUAAAAGAGGUGCAUUUCUUUAGGUUGGAGAUGCCAUGGUAUUUAUCACUUUCUUGCUUGACCCUGGUUUGUUUGUCAAUUGAGCUAGAAUUUUGAAAUCAAGAUGACUUGGUUAGGCUGCUCGACAAUAUAGCAAGCCAAAGUUUUUUCAAUACGCAGCUUAGCUUAGCAAUAUGAAGAGUAUGUACUCCAGUUGUGAUUGAAGGGAUCUCAUCUUCUUUGAAGCUUGAGGUUCUUGAUACAAAUAAUCUGGCUAUAUUAUAUCUCAAAAUAAACAUCCAUCUUCUUGUUCUC